CCUUAGAAAUCGAAAUUUACAAGUAUGGUUGCAUUGUCCCUCUUCAUUUAUUGUUCCUUAAUCCUUCUACUCGUACAACCUUCUUCCACCAAAUCCCUCCCCAAUUUCGACCCCGACAUCGACCUCUUCGGGGAUGCCCACGUUGUUGUCUCCGACGGUGGGUCCCACGUGAAACUCACCCGACCUACCCCUUCUAGCUCCGGCCUUCUCCUCCGCCAAAAGCCCGUAACUUUUGCGGACCCCACCUCCCUCUCCGCCGAAUUUUCCUUCUCCGUCUCCCCCGACGGCGGUGACGGCCUCGUCCUCGUUUUGGUUCCCGGCGAUUUCGCCGCCUCGUUCCCGGGAAACGGUUCCUUCGGGCUUUCUUCACGGAACAAAUAUCUUGCCAUUGAGUUUGAUACCUCAAAGGAUGACAAUGUGGGUGAUCUGAACGCGAAUCACGUGGGCAUCGAUGUUGGAAGCCUCGUGUCCGUGGCUGUUGCAAAUGUUUCAGCUGUGAAUUUGGUUCUCAACAGUGGAAAAAAGAUGAAUGCUUGGGUUGAUUAUGAGGCUAGUUCUAAGACAUUGGAAGUUAGGUUGAGCAAAAUGGGAGAACCAAGACCUUCAAAUCCAAUCAUUUCGCAUUCCGUUGAUUUGUUUAAGAUUUGGGGUGGUGAACCUGUGUUUGUUGGGGUAAGCUCUUCCAAUGAUGACAAGUCGGUGCAGGUUGUUAGUGUCUAUUCAUGGAAGCUUGCUUUGAGGAAUGUUUCAAAGUCAUUGCAUUCUCAACCUGCGGAACCUCUUGGUUACGAUGCUAAGAAGAAUGGGAAAUUUCGUCCCUUGAAAGUUCUUGCUAGGGUGAUUUUCGGCACUGGGUGUGUUACGUUGGUGACGUUUGUGGUGCUGUUUAUGUGGGUGAUCUUUUUCCAAAAGCAUGAAGAAGAGUCUCUUCCUAAAAUCCCUGACCACCCUGCAGAUAUCAGGUAUGAAAGAAUUGAUGUGGCUGUUGACAAGAAUACCGGGAUUGAUGAAAAUUAGAAUGUAGGUGAUGUGAAUUACUUUGUUAGAUGUUGUUGUUGUUGUUGUGUAUCUAUAAGAUGUGAAAAUACUUUUA